GGCCCCAACCCGGUCGUUGCGCUGGCAGCCUCAAAGCGCCCGCGAAAAGAGCCACUGCGCCGCGCCGCGCCGCCGCCCCUCCGACUCCGCGUCGGUGAUCAACCGUCUCGUCUCCGUGACCCAUCCGUCCACCGUGCUUCUCGCUUCCUGCCGAAGAGGAGGGAGGUCUCGCGGCGCGGGGCGCCCGAUUAUCCGACCGACCGGCCGAGAUGGUGCUCGCGGAGCUGGGCGGGAGCAUCGCCCGCGCACUGGCGCGGAUGAGCAACGCCACCGUGGUGGACGAGAAGGUGCUAGCAGACUGCCUCAACGAGAUCUGCCGCGCGCUCCUGCAGGCCGACGUCCGCUUCGACACGGUCCGCGACGUCAAGGCCAACAUCAAUCGCAUUGUCAAUCUCGACGCGCUCGCCGCCGGCACCAACAAGCGCCGCAUCAUACAGCAGGCCGUUGUCGAUGAGUUGCGCAGGAUGCUGGAUCCCGGGAAGCCAUCCUUCACCCCCAGCAAAGGGAAGCCCAAUGUGGUCAUGUUCGUCGGCUUGCAGGGUUCUGGGAAAACUACUACCUGCACCAAGUACGCAGAUUAUCAUCGACGGAAGGGAUUUAAUCCUGCACUUGUUUGUGCUGAUACAUUCAGAGCCGGUGCUUUUGAUCAACUGAAACAGAAUGCAACAAAAGCCAAGAUACCAUUCUACGGAAGUUACACCGAAUCAGAUCCUGUGAAAAUUGCUGUUGAGGGUGUGGACAUGUUCAUGAAAGAAAAGUAUGAUCUCAUUAUUGUUGAUACAAGUGGACGCCACAAGCAAGAAGCUGCCCUCUUCGAAGAAAUGCGCCAAGUUUCAGAAGCUACAAAACCAGACCUGGUGAUAUUCGUUAUGGAUGGUAGUAUUGGUCAAGCUGCAUUUGAUCAGGCACAAGCAUUUAAACAGAGUGCUUCGGUUGGUGCUGUGAUUGUUACAAAAAUGGAUGGUCAUGCGAAAGGUGGCGGUGCACUUAGCGCGGUUGCAGCUACAAAAAGCCCUGUGAUAUUUAUUGGAACUGGAGAACAUAUUCCAGACUUUGAGGUUUUCGAAGUGAAUCCAUUCGUUAGCCGUCUCUUGGGUAUGGGUGACUUGUCUGGCUUGGUGAACAAGAUCCAGGAAUUUAUGCCUGAUAAUCAGCAAAUGCAGAUCAUGGAUAAGUUGGGUGAAGGAACCUUCACACUCAGGCUUCUAUAUGAGAUGUUCCAGAACCUCCAGAGAAUAGGUCCUCUUGGACAGCUCGUCUCUAUGAUACCUGGAUUUAGCGGCCAGUUUAUUGAAAAGGGAAAUGAGAAGGAAGGCCAAGCGAAGAUUAAGCGGUACAUGACAAUGAUGGACUCCAUGACCGAUGCAGAGCUUGACGGGACGGACCCAAAGCUGAUGAACCAGUCACGAAUCAACCGGAUCGCUCGGGGAUCCGGCAGGCGCGUGGAGGAAGUGGUGCACAUGCUGGACGAGUACAAGCGAAUUGCCAAGGUGUGGAAGAAAUUGCCAGUGUUGAACAACAACAGGAGAUCGGAUAUGAACCGCGACAUUAGGCGCAUAAGCGAUGCGAUUCCUCCCAAUAUGCUGACUCAGCUUGGUGGCAUCGCUGGGCUGCAGAAUAUGAUCAAACAAAUGGGCGGGCGCGAUCGAAGUAGAUGAGAUAAACCAUUCAAGUCGUGGAUAGCAACCGUUAGGUAUAGGUAGGCUGUGAGUACUACUUGGUGGGACGAGUUGGGUCAAGGCUGCUUUUGAGCUUCUCGCGUCAAGUUACUAUUAGUUUGCCAGGCGUGCUUGUACUGUAUAUAAUUUUAACAAGUUGGAAUCUGAUCAUUCUCUACACUAUUCUUGAAUCUUGAUAGAGGAGUCUUCCUGAAAAUUGCUGGAUGCCAGAAACUAUGUUUGUGACUGUUCAG